UUUUUCCUUUUAUACAGGUAAACAAAUAUAGUUUUUUGCCAUUUCUUUUUUAUUUAUAACGUUACUACCUUUUCUCUCCAGCCCAAAAGAGAAGGCAACGUAUCCAAAAGGAGUGCAGGCCACGUACCGGCUGGAACUUGACCCAUCUAUCUAACGGACGAGUUGGGGCCAAGCUGACCAACUACGACGCUGUAGGGACGAAUGCUUCAUUGCUUCUCGUUCUUUCAUCAUCCGCUGCCUCCCACACAGACACAGCUACACCCUGCAUCCCGAGUAGAGCGAGAGGAAGACGGAGAUGGUGUCAACCACGACGGAGAGCGUAAACUCGCGUCGGUGGACGAUGGACGCUGAGUUGGAGGGGCUGGACUACGACCCAGACGAGGAGGAGCCGUUCGUGCCACUGAAGAAGGUACCUAACGGUGACGUCUUCGAGGCCGCCCGUGCCGGCGAUCUGGAGCGGCUGGGCUACCUGCUUGAGCUCGGCAUCAACGUGAAUGCCAGGGACGCCUGGGACUCCGUCGCCCUCUACUACGCCUGUCUCGCGGGUAACCUCGACGCCGCCCGCAUGCUGCUCGAGAACGGCGCCAUCUGCUCCGAGCACACCUUCGACGGCGACCGAUGUCACUACGCCGCCCUUAACCUCAAGGUCCGCAGGCUGCUCAAGGCCUUUGAGGCCCGCCCACCGCCCCUCGGUCCGCUUCAGUCCGCCCUCCGCGACACUUUCAUCAGCUGCCCUGCCAACCGAUCCUCCGCCCUCUUCGAUCAGCAGCCUGCAUCAGGUCAUUUUGCACAAGAUGGUAUAUCUUACAUUUUUCCUCCUGAUGUAACAUUUUUUGUGCAUGGCCGACCAAUUGAAGCACACCGUGUAAUUCUGAGUGCUCGCUCACCCUUCUUUAGAAGGAAAUUUAUGGAUGACUGGAGGCAUCGUCAGGAAGUGAGAUUUUCCAAAGGAAAGCUGUCUUACCCUGCUUUAUAUAGCCUUGUCCAUUUCUUCUACUCUGAUAGGCUUGAGAUUGCAGUUGAUGACAUGGAAGAUCUUAUACGGAUCUGCAAAGUGUGUGAAUGUGAGGGAUUAAGGAAGGUCCUUGAGAAAGAAUUGGUUCACCAAAAAUAUGCCGAGUACAAGUCAUUGAGGGAUGUUGAUAAUUCUCAAAAACGAUUUAUCCUCCAGGGACUGUCCCUCCCUGAGGAGGACAGGCUUCCUGCUGCAAUGCAACGAUUCCUUAGGAUAUCUCUGUCCAACUUCAGUGCACUAGCAAUAUUGGAAAAUGCUGAAGAUGCUGAUAGUUCAUCACAAGUGUUGGCUAAUAUGCCAAGUCAUUCUAUGGAAGAUCUUGCAGAUGUCUGUAUCUUAGUUUCUGGGAAGAUAUUCAGGUGUCAUCAAGUUGUUAUGGCUUCACGAUCCGAGUAUUUCAAAGCAAGACUGUCUCGAAUGACUGGUUUUCGUGAAGGUACUGCUGGACUUCAUGGUCAGUCUCUUCCUUUGCUUGAAGAGCAUGAUCUGAGUCCAGAGACAUUUGACAAGAUGAUUGAGUUUAUGUAUACAGACAGCCUAAAGGAUAUUGAUCCUGAUCAGGCCGAGGAAAUGUUUGAUGCUGCUUCAAGGUAUUUAUUGUUUCCUCUGAAGCGUGCAGCUGCUGAUGCUCUUUUACCACACUUGGAAAUGGCUUCACCAGCAGAGUUAUGCGAUUGGCUGAUAUUAUCUGAUAUGUAUGAUGUAUUGAAAAUUAGGGAGUACUGUCUAGAUGCAAUGGCUUGCAAUUUUGAGGCAUUUGCUGAUACAAGUAAAUUUAGAGCUAUGCUCCUAAGAUUUCCACCACCAUCUGGUGAUUCUGCAUUGCGGACAACCCUUCCUAGUGCACCAGGAGCUGGUGGGACUACUAAUCAAGGGAACAUCCUUGAUGAUUUGCGUGAGAAAUGGCUUGAGGCAGAAGCGGCUGAGCUGGACAAGAGAGACGAGAGUGCAGCACUAUUUGAUAGAAGAUUGGAGAUGCUUAUUUUGGUUGCGAAUGAAGAAAGAAUUCAUGAUGGUUGUUAAGGGACCUUCAUUAUGCUUAAUGAAAAUUGUGAAGUCUAUCAUACUUUUGUCUUCAGGUAAUCAAGCAUAAGCAGGUGCUAAAUUUUGGCGUUUAUGGAAACUGGUUGCAUACCUUCUGAUAUCUCAUGGAUUUGAAUGAGAAGCCUUCAUUAUAUGAAUUUCUUUUCCUGGUCCAUGGAGGUGACUGAACAGUCAAGCGUGAAUAUGUGCACUAAAGUGGUGGGAGGUGCGUGCAUUAGAUGUGGUAUUUCAUUAACUAAUUAAGAGGCGUACAUGCUGAAUAGUGCUGCUGGACCGUUGAUGUACAUGUAACCUACAGUACGUUGCAUUUGACGUACAAACUACAUUCACAACGUAGGACAUGCCCAUGCUGUUUCUGUGAUUGUAAACUGUGAAUAUGCUGUUGCUGCUUCUUCCUUGUAAAGUUGAUAAUUUAUCCUGGGUUGUCACAACCUAAGGGCUUGUAUCUGAGUGGUCAGAUUUGGCAGUUAUGCAACACUGCUGGAUGAUUUUAUUAACAAGUUGACUAGUGCAUGGUAAAAAUACAUGCAGUGAACCAUUAUAUACAGGUAUCCUACGUAAAGUUGUGCACAGGACAUGCGUGUGUUAUUAUACAGUUCCCCUUGGUUAAUAAGAUAGGCUUGUUUCUUUGAUGUCCA